AGGCAGGCAAGCAAGCAUCUUUGCUGUACAUGGGGUUCACUUUCUUGCCUUCUUUUUUCAUCAUUCUCCGUUCCAUCUUUCCCACCUCUAUGUUCAACUGAAACACAACACAAAUCACUUCAAAUCUGAGCAAACUAUCAUCAUUUAUCUUUGAUCUUGAAGAUAUUUGAGGGGUGAAAAAAGGGCGUUUGCACAGAUUGCAAAAGCAAGGUGGAGAGGUAGUAGAAGAAGAAGAGUGACGUGAAUGAAAACUCUUUCAUCCUAAUUCUCUUUCUCAAGAUGGAAGUAUAUUCAACAUCAUUCACUGUACCAAGAUCGUCUUCUGACGCAAUCUCAUUUGCAGAGGAAAGACCUGCACUCUCUUCGCCCGCUUCCCUUCACGCAGCAGCGGCAGCAGCAGCCGCUUCUACAUCUCCUAAUUCCAAUUCAACUCUAUCAGAAGUGAACAAUAUACAGAGAAAUGAUGCAAUACAACCUAGACGGCAAGAUGGCUCCACUUUUGCUAGAUUUGGAUCGAUGCGAUCCAGAUUACCUCCAAGUGUGAAGGCAUUCAUGCCAGCAGCAUUUGGUGGAAGCAAAAGAACAAGCGAUCGCAUAGCAGAAGCAGUCGGAACAGGAUCCGAAAAAGAAAGUGAAACAGAAGCUGAAGGAGAUGAAAAUGCUGCUACAGGCACGAUCAAGGAAGACAACAAAGCAAAAGAAACCCCAAGCACGACAAAGAAUCUCGUCAGUCUAUUCAAAGAUCGAUCCAACGAAACUUCCAAUGAUCCUCCUGCAGCUGAACAAGGCGACAGUGAGAAGCACGAAAAGAAGGAGACUCAAAUAGACGAAGACGCAAAGGACGCCGAGACAGUCAAGAACGACUUCAUCAAAUCAUCCCCAACAAAGAAUCGUGACAGUCGCUCGACAGUCGGUACAAAGUCUUCUGUUGACCUAUCCUCAAGCGCUUCAGUUGACAGUACCGCACCCAGUACUGCAGCUGCUUUUGGGGGAAAGACCGGACUGACACCAUCAGAGCCCAGGAGUGCUUCCCAUAGCGCUUCUGGUUCCCUGUCUACGUUUGGCUAUGCACAAAAUCCAUUUGGAGCACAAGAUAUGCAAGAAGCAAUGCAGAAACUCAGCUCAGAGACGAUGAACUCGCAUCAGUGUCUCGUCCACUUUACACCGGUGGAGACAGAGACUUUGCGUACUUUGCAAUCCAACGGCAGCUCCACUUCUUUGAGUAGCGACCCUUUCCAUCGUAACACCUUCCCAUCUAUGCCACCAUCAAGCUCAUCUUUCGCGUCACCACAUUUGGCUUUCCCUUAUAUGCCUGGUAUGGAUCCCGGAUCAGGUUUCGGAACAUCCAAAUCAGGUUCAAUGCCAGCAAGAUCUCCUGUAAACUUCAAAGAGUCACAAAGCGGCAAAGGAGGCAAAUCAUCUUCGCAUUUCAACUUCCAUCUUUCGGGAGGAUACCAGCAAGUGAUGGCAGCAAGAGGUCAAGUGUUGCGUGAACAUCCUUUCCGAUCUCGCGCUACGAUCAAAGUUCCCCGAAACGAUUUGUUGACAACGAAUUCUAGCGGCGGCAGUAUCAAUGGAUCUAUUCCUUCGGAAAAUCUCAAGGCUGACAUUCGAAAACGAUUCGAUGAAAUCGCUUCGUUGUGCAGUUGUAUGAUCUCCAUCUCUGCUAAUGAACAACAAGGAUCUGAUCUAGGUAAUGGAUUGGAAACGGAGAGAAGUGCAGAGAUUAUCAUCGCUGGUCCGUUUGAAGGUGUUGAACAGGCAAAAGUGUUGGUGAUGGUCAUGCUGGAUGAGUUGGCUGGACUAUCUACGGAAGUGGUUGAAGUUGACUACAAAUUCCAUAACAUCGUUGGAGGCAGAAAAAGAUGCGUCAUUCAAAAGAUUCAAGAAGAGACCGGCACAAAUAUCUAUCUGGCAACUCCAUUCCCCAGCGUCUUGUCAGCCAACAGAAGUCCUUCGAUUGUUUCUCGACAGAAUACAAUCUUUAUUACCGGUGAAUAUUUCGGCGUACAAAGAGCUCGUGAUAUGUUCUUCCAAGUGUCGAUGCACAAGAGCAAGAAUGUCCUUUCGCGCAAUACAGCCGUUCUACCACGAAAGAUUGAUUGGUUGUUGACAGAUCGAUUGGAGGAUCUUCGCUCAAUCAUGCAAGAUAAUGCGACAUUCAUCGGCUUUCCGAUGUUGGGCUCGCAAGCAAGUUUGCUGACGAUUUAUGGAGACAACAGAGUUAGCAUCGAAAGAACAAUUCGCUCGGUCAUGCAACUUGCUUGUCAAUUCUUCAUUGCAUCUGUUUGGCUACUUCCAAUCUCCUUCGAUGGUGUCAUGGCGCCCAAUACAGUCACAGCAGCGCAAGUGACACCUAUUCUCAAGUAUGUGAGCACCAAUUCGGGAGCAGAAGUUGCAUUCAAGAAUAAUUGUUUCGAAAUGCAUGGAACUGAAUCGCAAGUACGAGCAUCUGUUUCGCUUCUGCUCGAGUCCGAUCUAUUGAAGACAUUCAAUUUAGAGAUUCGAUUCCAGAUUGAAUUAGCUAAUGAGCACAGAGAUUUCAUCAGCGGCAAAAAGAAUGGUAAAAUCAACAAGAUCAUGAAGCAAGGCGUGAGGAUCAAGUUUGAAACGUUCAACGAUUUCAACUUCCUUAUUGACGUUUCCAGUAACGAUCGUGCUGGCACGGUCUCUGGUUUGUCUUUAUUGUUGGAAGAAUUGCCGGCGGAGAUGUCUUUCCAUAUUCCGGAAAAUUAUCAUAAACGUAUUAUUGGGGUGGGUGGAAAGAAUAUUCAAAAGACUAUGAAAAAGUUUGGAGUCUAUGUGAAGUUCUACUCGAAGCAAGAUUUGGACAUUGAGACAUACCCUUUCCUGGAUGCUGAAGACAAUGUCAUCGCACGUACGCCAGCCAAAAAUGCAGUCAAUCUCGAAAAUCUCAAGAUGGCAGUGACAGAAUUGGUCAGUCCGAAAGACAAGGACUUUGUGUGUGAAACUGUGCCGAUCGCACGCAGAUAUCAUCGAACAUUAUUGGGCGAAAAGGGUAUCUUCAUUCACGAUAUUGAGAACAAACUUGGUUGCAUGAUUCGAUUCCCCCCGCCCGAAUCUGCCAACGAUUUGGUUUCGAUCUUUGGACCUGAAUCACAGAUUCAUAUUGCCGCUCAAAUGCUUUUGGAUCAUGUUCCAUUCGAGGCGGAAUUCCGAGCACCAGAAUCGGUGGAAUUGACAAGAGUUUUGGAAUCGCACGAAUUUGUUGCUCUUGUCGAACGUGUCAAGAGGGAUCUGAAUGUCAACAUUGUCCCAAUGUCCAAUCAAGCGAGUUCGUCGCCCACUGCACCGGUGCAAGAUAGAACCUCGCCUCCUGCAAGUGAUGUUGUGUUCAAAUUGAGAUUGAAUAGGAGUAGUGCGGAUUUCCUGCCAGCUGCAAAGGACGCAUUGGAAGACUUUUUGAUCAGUCGCAAUAUUCAAAUUUAUCGUGCUGCUGAACGCAACCGAGCCGAUUCCUUCGCAUCAAGCUUCCAUCACUUCGCCAAUAAGCUCAUCUCCGUACCACAAGCUGCCGAAUCGACAGACUCCUUCCAGACGGACCCUUCUGCACGUUACAAUCGUCAACAGAUGCAAAUGCAACAACAACAAUUACAACAACAGGAAAACAAUAGAUUACGCGCUGCUGCUUCUACACCUGAUAUCAAAGCAUUGUUUGAUUCGCCCAGUAUGGCAUCAGGUCCUUUUAUUCCGCCAAGUGUGCCAAUGUCUGGUUCCAACAUAACGCCAAAGUCAACGAUGUACACCAGUCCAUAUCAAGACGCAUUGCGUACUAGCGCUGCUUUUGGUGGUAGUGAGGUAUGGGGAGCUCCUACGAACUUGACAGGAAAACCAAAUUCGAUCCGAACAAAUCAACCGCCAGGGCCAUCUUCCUUGUCUUCCAAUGCUACUUCUCACACUCAACCAUCAACACCAUCCUCUGCUGGCAUCGCGUUCCCACAACAUGUCACCCGAUUCUCUGACGAUGUGGGUGCUAUGCAACAGCCAAAUAAUAAUCAAGGGAUGUAUGGAGAUGGGAUGGGCUUUGAAGAUAGAGUGAACACAUUGCGUAAAUCUAGAGCAUACUCGCAUCGUGCUCAAAGUCUCGAUAUUGGAGCAUUGGCAGCACAACAAGUUAUCCAACAAGCAAUGUCAGCAGGUCAUCCAAGAGUUAUGACCGGUAGCAGCAGCAGUGGUAGCUUUGGAAGUGCGGCAGAAAUGGGUAUUCAUCCUCAGGCUUCAUUGGUCAAUCAAGCUCAUGCAAAUUCCAUGAACAAUGCUCAACGUCCUUUUGGUGCCAUCGGAAGUAAAUUGUCGGGAGCCAAUGAUACCAAUCAACCUCAACACCAUCAUGUGGGCGGUAGCAAUAGCUUCAGUGGUACGCAUGGUGUGCCAUUCAAUGCGUCCAUGUUGGGUGGUGGCGGUGGAGGUGGCAAUGGAAUGCAACACGUCAGUGGAAUUCCAUCACACCAUUCUGCUCAUCACUCCUUACCGCCAACAUAUGGUAAUGCACCCACAAAAGGUCCGGGAUAUGGUCAAUUUUACAAUCCAACAAUGAACAUCAACAUGCCGCAACAAAGUAAUCAUAAACAUGUGCUCCAACAACAACAGCAGCAGCAUCAUCACUUGCCCUCGCCCAGCAUUUCACGUUUAGCACCAUCUUCAUUGCAACGUGCUCCUGGACCAGAGACGGCAGAUGAAGUUUUGCGUUCGCUCGAACAGUUGCAUUUCCAACCACCGUCGAAUUAAUUAUUAUUUCUAUUGCGAUUGCUUUCUUUCGCCUGACAGAUGUUUUCAAAUCAAAAACAAAAAGAGACGGGCAUGCCAAUACCUUUCAAUCGCAUAUCCAAGCAUUGCUCGUCUUUUCAAGGAGACAUUCUGUCGAUUUUUCUUCUUUUGCUUUACCUUGCCGAUAAUCCAACACUCAUUGAUUUGGGUGACCAGCACCUUUUUCCCUUUUUUAUUAAAGCACAUUUUUUUCCAUUCUCUCUUCUUUCUAUAGUUUCUAAUACAGAAAAGGAAGUAGGAUCAUGUAUAAAAGAACUCCCAAUCCAGUCAAAAAGCACAAUUAUGUUCAUAUCCAUCAACAAUAUAUAUACUAAGCAGAAAAUAAUAUCCUGAUUUCAUA